GCACGGACCGAUUUGCGACUAAACUUUACGUACCCUAACCUAGGUACCUAGUAGGCAGUACUAGGUACUAGUUAUCAUACAAGCCGUUAAUUCAAUUCCUAACAUCUGAUCAAACACCUGGAAUUUCCUAAGCCUCGUUGUCGAAUAUCAACUUACGCUUCGUCAUCAACAAAAACCCCCCCUCCUCCCCUUUACAGUCUUACUUAGGCAUCAGCACUUAUAACCAAUUCAUAAGUUAGCGCUUUGCAGUCGCCAGUCCUACCUGAGUACUUGAUCUUUGUGCGUGUGUGUAUGUGUGUGUGUUUCUAUAUCGAAUAGAACGAAUAGCAUUGGGGCAUUUUUUAUUAUUUCCCCCCCUAAUUCCAAUCAUAGGCUCCAAAGAUCGCCAGCCCAAAAUUCGAAAAGACUCAAGCUACGAACCUCUCGCAAAGCCCAACUGCCAAUAUGGCGCAAAACAAUAUACAUAACUUGGUCACCUUAAUCAAGCGGCUAGAAGCUGCUACUACUCGCCUGGAAGAUAUUGCCUCGUCAACGAUAGAGCUGCCUCAGGCUGUUCCCGCUCUCACAGCCACCGUCGCGACACCUUCUGAUCCUUCAAGCUCAGCGAGCCUCACCCCCCAACAUGCCGGCUCCACGCCAGCUCCCCCCGCGCCUAAGCAUGUACCCCAAGAACCUUUGCCGGAAUCUAUUGAAGAAUUCGAUGUUUUUAUCAACCAGUCUGUCGACAAGUAUGUUAAGAUCAGCAAUGCUUUGGGCGGCUUGAUCGCCGAACAAGCUUCGAUGGUACUCCAAGGUUUCAAACAGCAGCGCCGGUUCCUGUUAAUAUCUACAAAAGCUAAGAAACCCGAUAUAAAUGGAUCCGGCGGGGUCAUCUACCAGGAGCUUCUAAAACCCAUCAAUGAGGCUCUCAUGGCCGUCGGCAACAUUAAGGAGGCCAACCGCGGAUCUGAGGUCUUUUCCCAGCUGAGCGCCGUCUCCGAAGGUAUCAUGGUACUAGCUUGGGUUACCGUAGACAACAAACCGUUUAAGCACGUCGAGGAGUCUCUAGGGUCGGCGCAAUUCUUUGGUAACCGGGUACUUAAGGAACAUAAGGAUAAGGACCCCGAGCAGGUUGAAUGGAUUCAGGCUUUCUACCAAGUUUUCCGCGAUCUCACCGACUACGUGAAGCAGUAUUACCCCAAUGGCAUCCCCUGGAACCCGAGCGGGCAACCGGCAGCCGAGGUCGCCAAUACAAUAGAUUCUACUCCGGCCGCCGGUGCUGGUGCUCCGCCGCCUCCUCCGCCGCCAGCUGCUGGUGGUGCCCCUCCUCCUCCACCUCCCGGCCCGCCCCCCGUUCUACAAAUCAAAGAGCAAGCCGCGCCUUCUAAGCCCGAAGGUAUAAGUGCUGUAUUUAGCGAGCUGAACAAGGGCGAAAGCGUGACUAGAGGUCUACGUAAGGUUGACAAGUCAGAAAUGACACACAAGAAUCCUUCGCUAAGAGCUGGAUCUACGGUCUCGGAUCACGACUCGUCUUCUAGGGGUAAGAGUCCCGCGCCCGGGAAAAAGCCGAAGCCCGAGAGUAUGCGCCUAAAGAAGCCACCCAAGAAGGAACUUGAUGGUAACAAAUGGAUAAUUGAAAACUUUGAGAAAGCCCCCAUACCUAUUGAGAUCGAGGCCGACAUGACCCAUUCGAUUCUGAUCAGUCGAUGCAACCAAACGACCAUCGUGAUCAAGGGAAAGGCGAACGCUAUCACUGUCGAGAACACGCAGCGUCUAUCUAUUGUCAUCGAUUCGCUUGUAUCCACCGUCGACGUCGUUAAAUCGUCUAACUUUGCGCUACAAGUUUUGGGCAACCUACCUACCAUCCUACUUGACCAGCUCGACGGCGCCCAGAUCUACCUAAGCAAGGAGAGCACUUCCACUCGCAUAUUCUCCAGCAAGUCUGCCGGCAUCAACGUCAAUGUCCUCUCCGGCCCCGAGGACGAUUACAAGGAGAUUCCGCUCCCCGGCCAGAUCUGCUCGUACUUCGACGACGAGAAGGGUGAUAUGGUCAACGAGAUUGUCGACCACGCUGGUUAAUAAGCCAAGCUAUUAAUACCCAUCCCCGCUGUAGAAAUGUCCUUGUCUCGUGUAACCGGGUGUAUAUACCUCCACGGUCGCCGGGUGUGUUGGAUUUACAGGCAUAGAAUCACUUCAUCUCUCUACUUAGGGUUAGAAGUAUAGGCCGGUGGAAGAAUGGGUGGGUGGAUGAGUGGACGAGUAGGUAACUAGGUGGAUAAGAAUCUUGAAAACUAGGACAGGUACUUAGGCGUGCUACUAUUGCUGGCACCUUAGGACUAUUUCCUAUGCUGGUGGUGGUGGUGUUGGCGGUGGGUGUUGUUUUGCAUCGCUUAGAUAGCAUUCGUAUAUCAUCCAAUAACCAAAAAGAAAACACGCAUUUUCAAAUAA